CUUUAUAUCAUUUUGACUGAUUUUGACUUUUCUCUAAUAGGAAGUGCAGUGUGCAACUAAAUAUUUGUGUACCAAAAGAACGCGCAAAAAGAAAAAGCUACUGCUUUCUGUUGGAAAAGGGCUGCAUGUAGUUAACACUUGAAUGAAAAUACGGUUGAAUUAAAGGUUUCACUAUGUUUGGCAAACCCGCUUUUGGGGCAUCCGCCCCCAGCACCUCCUUUGGCUCCAAUAGUUUAUUUGGACAGCCAGCCUCAACUGGCGGAGGGCUUUUCAGUAACACCUCGACAUUUGGCCAGCAAAACAAGCCAGCGUUUGGAUUUGGAUCACCCAACCAGAACAACAGCUUCUUAGGAGCUCAACAACCCCAAACUUCCAGUAUUUUCAAUCCACCUGGAAGUACUGGAUUAUUUGGAACAUCUACAGCAUUCAACAAUCAACCAACUGGUACUGUGGUUAAGUUCACCCCGGUCACUGGAUCGGAUACUAUGGUGAAGGGCGGAAGUGCUCAAUCCAUCAGUAUUAAGCACCACAGUAUCACUUGCAUGAAGGAAUAUGAGGGCAAAUCUUUCGAAGAACUGAGAUUUGAAGAUUACCAAGCCAAUAGAAAAGGACCUCAACAAGGAUCUACUGGGUUUGGAGCGAACGCGUUUGGAACGACCACUACUGCUCAGCCCUCAUUAUUUGGGCAGACUGACGCUAAUAAAAUGGCGUUUGGGCAGACAGCUUUCGGCCAAAACACUGCUUUUGGUCAACCUGCAGGCCAGCAAACUACAACAGGGUUUGGAGCUCCAGCCUUUGGAGCCUCGACAACGGCGACACCUUCACUUUUCGGCCAACCAGAUGCCAAUAAACAGCCAGCAUUUGGCCAAGCUACUCCUUUUGGUCAGACCAGCACUUUUGGGCAGACUAAUACAGGCGCUUUUGGAAUGGGUGCCCAGCAAAAUACCACCGCAAGCCCAUUUGGGAAGCCUGCCGCAUUUGGCAGUACCGCUCCUUCAACGGGUUUCGGGUUCGGAUCAAGCGCCCCUCAAAAUGCCAACCCUUUCGGUGCAAACAACGCUAUAAAACCAUUCGGGGCUACAGCCCAACCCCAACAACAAUCCUUCCUGUUUGGCGGGGCGCAAACAACGCAACCCAAUACAGGAUUUGGUACUGGAUUGUUUGCAAACACCCAAAAUACUGCAACGGGGCUUUUCAAUAAACCAGCUCAGCCCACUACGGGUUUUGGCGCAACUGCUCAAACUCCUGGGUUUGCAUUCAACACUCCCGCCUCCACUCAGCCCAGUUUAUUCACGAAUACUUCAAAACCACUUUUCGGGGGCGCCACCAAUGCAGCUCCAGCCUUUGGGGCGACGAAUAAUAACUUUGGGGCAGCCAAUAGUACGCCAUUUGGCAGCACUUUCGGAAAACCUGCCGCUCCAGCUUUUGGCCAAACGCAAACCUCCGGCAUUGGAUCGUUUGGAACUGGUUUUGGUGCAAAUACCUCAUUUGGCGCGGGAAAUACUGCGUUUGGAAACACUUUUAGUAAACCUGCCGCACCGGCGUUCGGACAAACUCAAAUGUCUGGAAUGGGAACAUUCAAUACAGGUGGAUUGGGAAAUACUACAACCACAGGUCUUUUUGGGAACACGAAUCAGGCAAAACCAGGCGGUUUAUUCAACAAUUCGGGCACGCUUUUCAGUACUGUGCCAACUACAUUCCAGGCGAACGCCUUUGGAAUGGGCCAGCCCGCUCAGCAACAACCUUUGCAAUUAGCUCAGCCAGAACAUCACAGUUUGGCGCAAUUGACUUCCGAUCCCUUUGGGGACGAGCCCCAUUUAAUCGGGUUGGAGCCUAAGCUGAGAUCCCAUAACCUUGCGAUGUCUGCGACAGAUCCCAAAGAGCUAAAGACACUUUUGGAUGCGUCCAAAAAAGUCGAUACCGCACACAGUUCUAAGCUCAAAGUAACAUCUUUAAAAAAUGCACGCGACAGCCUGUUUGAUUCCCAUGGACAGUCCUCUGAUUAUUUAAGAUCGCCUAUGGCCAACUACCAAAAAACCAACGUUCGCAAGCUGAUACUAAAACCGAAAGCCAGCAAUGACAACACGCCCAAUGCGAGUUCGUCUAAUAUUUUAGACAUUUUGCUUAACGAGGAUAAAGAGAACCAGAAGUCCGACAGUGGCAAUAUCGGCACUGUAAACCCUGUGAGGUUAACAUUCGACUCUACGGCUCAUAAUGAGAGUAUCGCGAACAAUUCUGUGGAAACCCAGACUUUUAAUAUUCUGCACUCCACUAGCAGGGACGUUUUAACAGAUCGGACUUGGGCAGAUGAAGGCCGCUCUUCAGAUGAUCUCGAAGUUACUGGUGAUAACAAAGGAGCCGGAGACUCAGUGGAAAAACAAUAUGCAAACAUCAUUUGCACCAGGCCGGAGUACUACACUUUACCUAGCUUGGAUCAAUUGGUUCUAGAUGAGGAUGGGCAAUGCUUUGUUGAAGGAUUUACUAUUGGUCGUAGAGGAUACGGAAAUGUGUACUUUCCGGAUAAAAUAGACGUUGCUGGUCUCCACAUCGACGAGUUGGUUCACUUGUGCUAUAGAGAAGUGACCAUUUACCCAGAUGAUAGCAAGAAACCCCCUGUUGGAGAGGGAUUGAACCGAAGAGCCCAAGUUACUAUAGACAACGUAUACCCAAAGCGAACAGCAAAUAACGAACUUAUAAAGGAUGUGGGAGAACUGACCGAAAUGAGAUUUGCCGAGAAACUUCGCAAAAUAACUGAGAAGAAAAAUGGUCGUUUUGUCGACUAUCGGCCAGAAACUGGGAGUUGGGUAUUUAAGGUGGACCAUUUUUCCAAGUACGGAUUCAACGACAGCGAUGAAGAAAGCGAGGAAAGCAGCGCUGACGCCCUAAAAAAAGCCGAGUUAAAGAAGAGGCAAAUGGCGUUAAAAGCAGGCCAGGCCACUGGACAGGCUAAACAAGCUCUUGAUAAGGAAGGUAAAGCUUUGGAUAAGGAAACUAUUUCAAGAGAAGCUAGCCAGGGGUCACAGGAGCAGCAUCCAACAGGAACUCCUUCUGCCAAGAACAUUUCGGUUGAAGACCUUGAUGAACAGCAAGAGAACGACAUUUUUCAUCAUAGCAUGAUGAUGGACGAUGGUUCGGACGAUGAAUAUCACCCAAUACCGAAUUUCAGGCCUGCGGAUAUGUCCUUUAAGCCCUAUAUUGAUACCCAACAUGCCAAGAAUAUUCAAUUAAUGAAGUCGACGCUUUUUGCCGAUGACGACAGAUCGGACGAUGCAGCCAGUCAUAUUUCGUUCAUAAAACAGUACUUGGACUUGCAAGAUGUGGACGAGGAAAUACGCAAUUUGCCCGCUUUGCCCGAAGAAACCCCCAUUCAGCCGCGCUUGUGUGUGAGACCGAAGAUUUGGAAGGUUUUGAACAACUACCAAGCACCGAAAGCUUCAGCUGAAAUUCUUCCAAGCAGAUGCUGUAUGGAUCUGGGAAUGUUCAAAGGCAAAUCCUUCAAAGUAGGUUUCACUAAAGGUUUUAACUUCUAUGCACCCGACAAUGAGGAAUGUGUACGCGAGUUGCUGUUGCAGUCUGUAGACGCUUCGUCACGAUACGAUCAUCUAAAGGAUGUUUUGACCGACUGUCUCAAAGUGGUCCUAGAGGAGUCCACCUUUCAACUGAGUGCCAGUAAAGUCCCGACGUUUAAAAUUUUAAAAAGCGAUCUUUACCUUAAAAAGCAGAGCGCAAUAUUUGAAAAGUUGGCGUCUCAGUAUAACAGCUCAGAAGUGGACUAUCUAUACAGCAUUUGGACGUUGUGUGCUGCCCUGUGGGGACCAAAUGAAAAUACCAUCGCCAGUAGACGAUAUUUGUUAAGCGAGUGGUUGAAAUCCACUUGUGCCACUGACGAUUUAACACUGAAAGCGGGUCCUUUCAAAUCGGUGACAGAAGCCACUGAAAGUAUCUUCACGCAUUUAUCUAUCUUCAAGGUUUUAGAUGCUGCGGGUAUUGCCAUGGACGCAAAACUGCCAAAUUUAUCCCUUCUGGUAGCUCAGCUUAGCUUAUCCAAUGCUCCGAAAAGUUUUAUCCAAGAGCAAGUCGAUAUUUGGUAUAAUUCCAUGGCAGCCAAUCAUAUUACGCCGGAGUUAAAACGGCUGUAUUUACUAGUAUCGGGCAUUCCCACCAAAGAGGAUGUUAAUAUCUUCGAUGGAAUUGAUUGGAAGAGGGCGUUUGGCUUGCAUUUAUGGUACAUUUGCCCCAAUGGAGCUCCGAUCCAAACCGCCAUAGAUCUUUACAAAAAAGCGUUUGAGGAAUAUGCUUAUGCCGAGAGGCCGAAUCCUCCAUACACAAAUAGCUACUCGGAAGAGCCAUUUUUCGAUAUGAUCUAUCAUAUUCUGUUGUUGUACAAGUCGGGAAUUCACAGACUCAGCAGCACGUUGAAUCCUGCCACGCAUACUGACGAUCCUUUGGAUUACAGACUAAGCUGGCUUUUACUGCAAUUGUUCCAAUCUCUCAACGUGGGUCUAAUAGAGGUAUCCGAAAUAACUAAACUCUGUACGAGUUUCUCAACCCAACUCGAGCACUUGGGACUUUGGGAAUGGGCAAUUUUUGCCUUGCUCUACCUGGAAGAUAAUUCCUCCAAAACCAACCUGAUUAUGGGGAUUUUAAAUCGCAAUUUGAGCGUAGAAGGGGAUGACUUGGAUGAAGAAUCGCGACAAAUCGUCGAUUUGUUGGUGAAUCAAAUGAAAAUACCCGCAGAAUGGAUUCAUACGGUGAAAGGCAACAAAACGCUGGCCUUUGAGAAGUUCUACGAAGCGUUUAAUCAUUUUUCAUUGGCAGAAGAAUACGUGACGGCAAAUGAAAUAUUCGUAGACAAAUUGCUGUCGAGUUUGUUCAUUAAUGAGCAGUUUGAUGUAAUAAGGAACCUUACGGAUAAACUGAAGCAAGGUAGCAGGGAUAUUUUACAAUGGGAAAAUGAAGUUGGCCUGAUUCUGGAUUAUCUGAAUUUACUGGAAGAGUCAAUAACCGCCGAGAGUUUAUUCAACUUGCAAUUGAAAUUGUCCUCUUUAACAGAGAGAAUCGUAAAUUUCCCAACUAAUACCGAACAGCAGAAAGUGUGUGUCGCCGAAUUAUCAAAACGAUGUGCUUCGCUUUAUCGAGAACUCUUCGUCAAAUCACAGUCAAAUCCAUUUAAACAUUCGUACACCCAGUUCCUCGAAUCCCUGAUCAUGCCACCAGAUUUCAAGCAAAUUGAAGGACUAUUUUUAAUCCAAGAUCAUUACAGUAACGAUCGUUAGAAUACAAAUCAGUUUAUAGUUUCUAUAGUUUUUUUUAAUUGCAAAUUGCCAUAUAAGUAAGGUAAGUGUAUACAUACACAUUUUUUGUUACUAGUGAUAUAUGUAGGUAAAUUCUCACGGUUUUCCUAGGUGUAGCAGUGUGUGUGGGGUAGAAAUUGCUUUUAAAACCCCAAUUGUUAAUUUGAAUUACGAUGGGCGUUGAGCAUUAGGAAAAUCGUUUGAAAACAGCCAAUGAGCUAAAUUCGUGUUAAAAUGUAUAAAAUUGUUUCUCGGCAGGUUCUUUUUAGUUACUCGAUUUUUUCAAUUUCUUUCAAAAAGUAGGCAAAUGGAGGAAAGGAAUAAUUUCCCAUGUGAUUGUUAAUAGUACAAAGAAUUACAUUUUGGCAAUUGCAUAUUUUCCCAAAAGUAAUUUUUUAUUUCGUUUGGAGUGUAGUUGUAAAUAUUGAAUUCAAUUUUUAGGCUCUUGAUGAAAUGAACAGUUUUUUAAUGUCAAUAAAAGAUACAAAUUUUGAAACAUUUAAGCAUUAAACCAUUUAUAAAUACUUUAUAAAAAGUACUGUUAUACAAAACUGUUGUCGCAUUUACUUCUUAAUUUUUUGUGCGAUGUGUUAACCGCAAAUUAAGUAAUAAAACUACAAUUUAUACAUUUUUAUGGGAAUUUUACCGAACUUGAUAGCUGUCCGUAUACAGUAACUAAAAUGUGCUAAGUUUAAGUAGAAUUUAAUGUCAAGUGAUUUAAAAAUAAAAGCAUGUUUAUUGUUUUUGCAAAUCCAUAUGAUUGGAUGAUCUAUUUGAUUUUCUUUAAAUAAUCCCCGUUUUGGCCAGGUGGUUAGGAAAUAUCUUGUGUAUAAUAUACUAUGAUGGGGCCCAAAUAAGUACUUGUUAAUUGAAAUGUUCUUUUUUUCAAUACCUGCAGUAACGCUCCUUUAGCUAGUAUAUUGUACAUUACGUUGUUGUGAACGAGUUGAUUUUAUUAUGUCUAUUUGUCUAUCUGAUUUAAAUCGGGAACUUUGUUAACUCGAAUAUAAGCGUACCUUUAAUAAUAAAAUCCAUAUUUAGGAUGAUACAUUGUCAUUAGUAAAGUUUUUUCGUUUUAAGAUAGGUAGUAUUAGGAGAUACAAAUAUGUAAAAAGUAUAUUUAACUUUAAAUCACAAAUGAUCCUAUCGAUUUGCUUCGAUUUUAAUCAGUCAGUUUUGAAGAAGUUUUCUAAUAUUUAAAUCGUAUCAAUUGAAACAAAAUAGCCAGUUGAAUUUAAAAAGUAUAUAUCGAUAGUAUAUCAUACAUUUCAUUCUUUUUACCCAUAUUUGCUUUGUAUUAUAUUUUUCGACAGUUUGAGCUGUUAUACCAUUUUAGGACUAUAUUGGCAAAAAUAUUACAAGUUUGUUAAUAAAUUUUCAAACAAAAUGCAAA